CACCGACAUCCGUGGGAGCCACCCGAGCCAAACUCUCCGCCGCAGGUCGUUACCUCUGACCACUGAAAAAAUGGUGGGGCAUGGACAUCUCCAUGUGCGUAUAACUAAGCGGUGAUAUCAAAUACUACGGCCAACCAGUACCGUCGUAGGCAAUUCCAUUCACACCAACCAGUACCGUCAUAGGCACUUCCGUUCACACCAGCAAGUGAGAAACUCAGGAGCGAAAGCGCAAUGGCAUCUUCCCAGCACGCAGAUCCACCGCGGCCAGACCAGCUUCGCGUCAUCAUCAUUGGUGCCGGGCUGGGAGGCUGCGCUGCAGCCAUGGCCAUGCACCACCAAGGCUUCCACGUCACCAUCUUCGAAAAGAUCCGCAAAUUCGACCGGCUGGGUGAUUCGCUAGGACUCGGCGAGAAUGCGUUGCGUCUCCUGAAGCGAUGGGGCCUCCACGACCAGCUCAUAGAGAUUGGCAACAAGUCGCCGAAUAUGCAGAUCCGCCGGUGGGAUACUGGCGAGAUUUUGGCGGUGCAGCCCCUCAUGGAUAUGGCGGGGUACAUUGGCCACCGCGGGGACUACCACGUCGAGUUCUUGAAGCAGGUUGAGAAACUGGGGAUGACUGUGAGGAUGGGGCACAAGGUGGUAGAAUUCCACGAAGCCUUCAGCACGUCCCCCAGCGUAGUCCUCGCCGACGGGCGCACCUUCACGGCGGACAUAAUCAUCGGCGCGGACGGGAUCAAAUCGCAAACGCGCGAGCUGGUACUCGGCUUCGCAGACAAGCCCAAGUCGUCCGGGUACGCGUGCUACCGGGCGUACUUCAAAGGCGCGCACCUCAAGACGAUCCCUUUGUGUGCGCCGCUUGUGCAGCAGGACUGCGUCAACAUCUGGAUCGGGCACGACAUGCACCUGGUGCAGAACACGCUGCGCAACGGCGAGGAAUUCAACUGGAUCCUGACGCACAAGGAGUCAGUCGCGGAGAUACCCGAGAGCUGGUUCCAGCCCGGCAACAUGGAGGAUGUGAGGGAGCUGGUGAAGCAGUGGGAUCCGAUGAUCGUCGCGGCGGUGAACGAGACGCCGGCGUGUCUGGACUGGAAGAUUUGCUACCGCGAUCCGAUCCCGACCUGGGUCAGCAAAACGCACACGAUCGCCCUCCUGGGCGAUAGCUGCCACCCGCAUCUGCCGACUUCGGCUCAGGGCGCCUCGCAGGCAACAGAGUCCGGGGCCGUCCUAGCGCUGUGUCUCAAGCUCGCCGGAAAGGACCACGUUCCCCUCGCGACCCGUGUAUACGAGAAGCUACGGUUCUCGCGCGUGCGACAGGCACAGCUGAAUGGCGAGGAUGUCAGGGACCGGUGGCAUGGGACGCUACGGCAGUUAGAUGACGGCGAGAAACCCGAUCCUGAUCAGGUAAAGAUCAAGAACCGGUGGUUGUAUCCGUUCGAUGCCGAAGCGGAUACGAGGGAGCGGUGGGAGAGCAUUUCGGCGAUGGUGCGGAAGGAGCUGGAAUCUGGUGUGAUAACGCCGCUGUUCGAUCCGAUCACUGGUGACCGGUUGGCGUUAAUACAGCAUGAUGCAAUGGGACAGAGGAAGGAUCUUCCUCUGCCGGCAGAGGUGGUUGUUGGCUAAGUG